GGUAUCACCCAUCAUGUUUAGAAGUGGAAAAAAGCUACGAAAGAUCAUCAUUCAAGAUGAAAGCUAAAGUAUCAACUUAAAUCUGAAAGUAAUAUUACAACUUUACCAAUAAAUAGACAUUUGUUGUAGGCGUAAUGAAAUCGAAGUAACACUCUGGGAUGAGAAGGCAUACAUGAUUGAAACAGAGGACAUCAUUGGCAAAGUAUUUGCAAUAACUGCUACCAUGGUAACUUAUUUCAAAAAACUACAACUUGAGUCCACAACAUCAACUACAAUUGUUAUCAAUCCACCGAUCCCAGAUCUUCAGACAUACGUGAAAAGAUUUCAAGAAUUAGUGCCACUUGCAGAACAACGUGCAUCAUUAAACCACAUCACCAUUGCUGAACUGAAGAAGAAAAUUUACAACAAGACUGCGCAACAAGGACACUACACAUGCACUGCAAGAAUAACAGAAAUCGAUGAGUCACGCACCUGGUUUUAUGUGAAAUGUCCCAAAUGUGGCAAGACAUCAUUUGCGGAAAAAGACCGAUACGUUUGCUUGGACGAUGAUAUAGAAGAAGAAGAAGAACCGAUUUUCAAAUAUGAAUUGGUUUUAAUCGAUUUGAGGUAUUGCCUCAACGCAAAAAUAACAGAUAACACAGACUCCAUAGAGGCAGUCUUCUACAACGAAGCCCUUAAUGAUAUUGUCAAGCUAAGUUGUCGUGACAUGGUAUUUCAUAUGGCAGAAAGUUCAUCAAGGUCAUUCCUGAAUGUAUCCUGCCAAAAAAAAUAUGAUUAUUCAUCAAAUGAUGUAAUCUCUACUGUACUAUUAGAUAACAAAACGUUUAACGUUGCCAUUGAAACGUCUGACGGUAAAGUCGGUUUUACCGCUGGUAUUGACGUAAUUGCCAGUCAGUUACAGUUGAAGGCAGAUGUUGAUGAGGCUGACGUUGCACCUAUCGAUGUUGAAAAUGAAGUUGAUGAACAAAUACCUGGUGGUGUUCGUCGUUUUGUUCGUAUGGCUUGUGAACGUUAUUUUAGGAUUCCUGAUCCUGUAUCACGGAUGGCUAGACUUGAUGAAGGUUUAAAAGAUAUCACCGUUAGGCUUAUGCAUCUAGAUCCCCCACAACAAUUUACUAACGGUACUAGACGUGAAAGAAAAAUCGACGGAGGUUUUCGAUAUGCGUUAACCAGGUGGAAGAAGUUUAUGAAAGCAGCUCGAAUUAACGUGCGUUACAGGGUUCAUUAUUCUUUUGAUGAAAAUGACCAGGUGUUGAGUGUUGAACUGGUUGUACCUUACGUUAGGCGUAGACAUUAGUUAUAUGACAUUUAGGUCAUGUUUUUUGC